AUGGCAAGCGACUCCGCCAGCAAACAGGCACGACGGCUGCCCAACUUUUCCGCUCAUUGCAUCUUCACAAAAGAGCAGAUGCAGAUGUAUAUUUUCUGGCUGCGAAAUACGAGGAAAUCAUCGGGCCUCAACAUACAAAAUCCGCCUUUCCCCACCCCAUUCGAGUUCAACGCCUUCAUCACGUGGCUGAGCCCGACGCCGAAGGAAGCUCGACGGCCAUGUAAGCACCCUCGACAUCCGUUCGAUAAGUUCUCCAUGGUUUUCUGUCCCGUGUGCACGUAUGAGAUUCAUGCGACCUUUCUGAAGUGGAUCGAGUGUGCCUGGGAGAGGAAAGGGGGGCCAUUCAAAGGCGCGUUGGAGGCAGACCAGGAGUACUCACAGUUGAAGGCUGCAUGGCAUUUCGCGAAGACCGAGCUUGCCAACCAUGUUAACCUUGUCGAAGCACUGGCGACGACACAAAAGGAGUGGGAGGUAAAGAACCCUAACGUUGACGUCGAAGGCGUCCGGUCUUAUAGGGCGGUCCUGGAGAUGCAUUGGACCCAAAGCGCUAAGGAUGUGGGACAAAAAGUAAGCAAGAAAGGAACAAAAGUCUCCUUCACACCCGACACCAAAGACUUUUCGAGCGAGACAAGCCGCACGAACGCCCACUUCAACCGCCGACACAACAAUUACAGCGCAGGUAAAUACGCUUGCCAUACGAAAGACGGCUGGAUGGACACCUCGUGGGCGAGGUCUUCCACCGCCUCGCUGCUUCAACUCAAGCUCUUCAUCGCGGAGUCACCCUCUGAUAUGAAGGGGAAGCCUCCGGGCAACGCAAAGUUCGUCGGACCUUUGGUAUCGUACCAAUAUCACCUCGCGAUUGUGAACUGGAUGAAGGACUUCCGCGAGCGGAGCACGAUUUCCGAACAGGCGAAGUUGGCGACGCUAAUGAGUACGUGCGACGCACUGCUGGUAUUGAAGCCGGAAGAGGAUAUUACAGGGGAUAAGGUUCGGGUCAUCGUGAGGGACGUGCGGCCUUUCUGUACGGAGAAAGACGCUGAAGCACGUAGACUAGAGGAAGCAUUAUGCAGCUUUCAAACGCAGCCCUCGAACGAGGUCUGCGAUUCUUCCGACUGCGUUGACGAUGUAAUGGACUGGGAGUACGUCCAAAAUCACAUGGAUGUCGAUAUGCCUGUGAACUUGCAGGACACGCUCGAUCCAGAGAUGAGGGCACAGACUUAUCGGUAA